AUGGGGCAAUGUCUUGAAGGCAACGAGGCAAUGGUUGUAUUUGGUCCCAAUGGUGAUAGUGCAGGAGAUCCUGAUGGUUUCAAUGACUGUUUCUUUCAAGCAUGUUGGGAGAACAUUGGAGAUGAUGUAUUUGAGAUGGUGAAAGUUUUCUUCAAUGGCCAGGAACUGCCUAGAUUUGUGACUCACACAAACCUAGUACUUCUACCAAUAAAGAAGGAAUUGACAACAUUUUCGGAUAUGAGGCCAAUUAGCUUAAGAUAUUUCAUCAAUAAAGUAUUCUCCGAGGUCAUUCAUAAAAGGUUAGAUGAUAUACUUCCUAACCUAAUCUCAGAUGAACAAGCUAGCUUUAUGAAGGGAAUGAGUAUUGUUGAGAAUGUGCUUUUGACUCAAGAGAUAAUCACUUACAUGGGGUUAAGAACAAAGGCAGGACCUAAUCCUUAUGGUUUCUUUAAGUCUACUAGAAGGGUCAAACAAGGGGAUCCACUGUCUCCUACACUCUUCAUUCUGGCAGUUGAGGCUUUGGGCAGGGGUCUAAAUACUUUACACGUGAACUUGUACUUCUGUGAAUUUGGAUUACCUAAGAUCAAUCACUUAGCUUAUGAUGAUGACAUAAUUAUCUUCUCCUCCUCAAAUGUUACUUCCGUACAACUUGUAAUGGAGGUUUUGAGUGCAUAUGAGGUGGCUUUGGGCAAUUGA